AUGCAGAGGGAGCUAUUCAAGGGUAAGGGUGCCAUGGGUCCUCCUGCACCGAAGCAAGCAUCUGCAGGCACAAGCGGUUCCCCAUCACAAGAUGAUGCAGAGAGCAGCGACAUUUGGGCGGCAGAUCUAGGCUGGGAUCGAUUCUUUGCCUCCUGCCAGGACGUGGCCAUUCCCAACACCAACGAUGUGUUCAGGGUCUACUUCAGCGGGCCGGACGAGGGACCGCUGUUUGUGCUGCUCCACGGCGGCGGCCACUCGGCGCUCUCGUGGGCCGCCACGGUCGGCGCCCUCCAACAGACCGCUCGCGUCCUCGCAUUUGACUUCCGCGGCCACGGCCACACGCACACGAGCGACGAUAGUGAUUUGUCGAUCGAGACUCUGACCAGCGACGUCAUCACUCUGAUUCGCACGCUCUACUCGGCUUCUCCUUCCUCCCCUAUCAUCCUCGUUGGCCACAGCCUUGGCGGAUCCGUGGCGAUUCACACUGCGAUUUCCGGACAGAUCAAGGAGCUAUCCGGACUGAUCGUUCUGGAUGUGGUCGAAGGCACGGCCAUGGCGUCCCUCAACUACAUGGACACGUACCUCGCCAAGGUCCCUUCCUCCUUCCCCACGCUCGAACAGGCCAUCCAGUGGACCGUUCGAAGCGGGUCAGUCCACAAUCUCGACUCGGCGCGGGUCUCGGUCCCGCCACGGCUCGUGCGCGACGAGUCGACCGGCCACUACGCCUGGCGAACCAACCUGAACCUUACGAAGCACUACUGGGAGGGCUGGUACCAAGGCCUGUCCAAAAAGGCACGCGACCCACGCGACACCUGCCCCGCGGCAAAGGUGCUGGUCUUGGCCGGCACCGACCGGCUGGACACGGAGCUGAUGAUCGGCCAGAUGCAGGGCAAGUUCCGCGUCGUCGUCCUGGCCGACUGCGGCCACUGCAUCCAAGAAGACAACCCGGACAAGACGGCAGAGAUCCUGCUCGAUCUCAAGAAGCGAUACGACAUCAUCCACAGCAAGAACAAUACCAUCCCUCCGAACAGCGGGGCAGUGACUUCUCUUUCGCUCUUCUCGCUCUCGCUUUCGCUCUUUCACUCCGGCUGCCAGCAGUAUUACCACAGCGUUGUUGAGGUGGGGUCCAUGGAAGACUUCGGCACCUCGUGCGACGGCACCGCCUUCGCCUUUGUUUCCGACGACCACCUUUCCAACGCCCUCGCCAUUGCCCGCGCUGCGGUGUUGAAGGUGCGCAAUGGCACGGCGUACCCGAUGACCCGCCUGGAUGCGACGGUACUCCUGCCACCCAAGGGCGCGCCGCUGGUCGACAGCGCCGGCCGCACCCUGAACGGCGGACAACGCCUGCCUGUGCCCGAUCGGGCGAAUAAGCAGACCUGGCGCCGCGGCGUCUACAACCCGAUGGCCGUGGCCUACCCCGCAAGUUGCGUAAAGCUCACGUACCUGCUCUCGGCGAUGCACUGGUGCGAGGCGCAAGGGAAGCGCUACGACUGCCUAGACGAGCACGUGCGCCCGAUGAUCAGCAUCUCCAGCAACUUCGAGACGGGCGUCAUCGUCGACAUCAUCACCAAGGCGCUCAACUAUGAGCCGGCCUCGCUGGACCAGCGCUUCAUGGAGUGGAUCAAGAAGAGGAACUCGACCAAGGAGUACCUUGAGAGCCUCAACCUGCUCGGCAACAUGAACCCUCUGUCGAAGACCUACCCCUCCAACUCUGGUGAGACCAAGUAUGGCGCUGAAUCGUUGGCGAUCGACAAGUACGGAAUGAACCUCAUGAACCCGGUCUGCUCUGCCACCAUCAUCCUCGAAGCUAUCUCUGGUGUCGUUCAGCCCGAGGCCGUCGAUUACAUCCGCAACCUGUUGCGUCACGAGCGAUACACGGGCUACACGUCCUUCGGCUUUGGUCUCCCGCCCGCCACGGUCAUCCGGUCCAAGAUUGGUGACGCGUACGACACGGUGGAGGAGAUCGCACACAUCUGGCUACCCAACGGGCGCGAGUUCAUCCUCACCGCCUUUUCCAACGGAUACGAGCCCAACCAGCCCAACCCGUACGACGUCAGCGUGCUUGGUCUGUUCGCCGAAACCUUCCUUGAGAAUGUGCCGGAGCUCAAUGCCGGCCUGCCUCCCCGCAUUCGCCUCGACGCCACGGACAAGUCGUUCUUCACCGUGGGCAAGUGGCAACGCGCCAUCGCCCCCGGCACCUACGGCUCCUUCUACGCCUUUGCCAAUGAGGGUGCGAACGUGAGCGCUGGCUGGGACGUCCACUUCGACGAGGCGGGCAUGUACGAGGUGUCGGUGUGGCACCCGGAGUCCGAUGGGUUUGCCGCCACGGCUACGGCCACGAUCAACCACCUGCACGGCGCCACCGAAGCCACCAUCUACCAGCGAAGCUACGGAGGACGCUGGGUGUACUUGGGCGACUGGAACUUCCCGGCGGGCCUGAACAAGGCGGCCCUGGUCGUGUCGCCCGCCGAGCGCCUGUCGUCUGCCGCUCCGAUCGUCGUCAACGCCGUCAAGUUCAGCAAAUGGCCGUCGUGCCAGGGCGUCGUCGGCGCCCCCUGCCCGCUCGUCCCGUGA